GGGCGUGGGGACGCGGGGAGAGGGCACUGGGACGACAUCCCCGCGGUGGCGUCGCGAGCGGAGACCCGGCCCCUCGGUGUGGGAGAUGGCCCUACGAGUUUGCCUUGAUCGCCGGGCGGACACGGCCGCGGGGUGCGAAGGGCCGUUUAUCCGGAAGAGGGGAGCCGGGCCUGGGCAGCGGCAGCACGUCAGAGCCCAGGGGCCUCUGAAUACUCGUGAGGGAGCGCCCCGCUCCCUCUACCCAGCUUGUCGAGGUGGACCGUGCACUCUCCCUGGGGCAAAUGUGUGAGCACGUCGCCAAUGACGACGUUGUCGCCAUUGUUUUUUCAGACGUCACUUCCUCUGAGAAACCUCCCCUCUUAUCAGGACCCAGGGAGCUGUGGCUGGGACCUCCCCUCUGGCUGAUCAAGGAGGAGGAAGCAGCGAUGUCUGCCUUAGGGACUGCAGCUCCAUACCUGCAUCAUCCUGCUGACAGUCACAGUGGCCGGGUCAGUUUUCUGGGGCCCCAACUCCCUCCAGAGGUGGCAGCAAUGGCCCGGUUUCUGGGAGACCUGGACAGGAGCACAUUCAGAAAGUUGCUGAAGCUUGUGGUUAGCAGCUUGCAGGGGGAGGACUGCCGAGAGGCCAUGCAGCGCCUGGGUGCCAGUUCCAGCCUGCCAGAGGAGCAGCUAGGUGCCCUACUUGCUGGCACACACACACUACUCCAGCAGGCUCUCCGGCUUCCCUCUCCCAGCCUGAAGCCUGAUGCCUUCAAGGACGAACUCCAGGAGCUCGGCAUCCCCCAAGACCUGGUUGGGGACUUGACCAGUGUGGUUUUUGGUGGCCAGCGCCCCCUCCUGGACUCUGUGGCCCAGCAGCAGGGUUCCUGGCUUCCCCACAUUGCUGAUUUUAGGUGGAGGGUGGAUGUGGCAAUUUCCACCAGUGCCCUGGCCCGCUCCCUGAAGCCAAGCAUCUUGAUGCAGCUGAAGCUUUCAGAUGGGUCAGCAUAUCUCUUCGAGGUUCCCACAGCCAAGUUCCAGGAACUGCGGUACAGUGUGGCGCUGGUCCUGAAGGAGAUGACAGAUCUGGAGAGGAGGUGCGAGCGCAGACUGCAGGACUGAGCCUCCCUUGUCAGCACUGCAGCUGGUACCAGAAUACAACUUGCAUUUCCUCUAAUUGGAUGCUAGACUGCAUGUCACCCCUUCCCUAGGUUUUUUGUUUGUUUGUUUCUGAGUGUGGUAAAGUGACAGUCUGGGGUCCAAAUCAGGGCCCUCUGAAUAUGCCUUUGCUCAGCCUGACCCCACUAAGCAUCUGGGCCCUUUUUCUUGUUUGCUUUCAUAAAUGCUAUUUUUAGUGUGGGCA